AAACCGGGAGUCAGUCUUUUUAUACGUUUACACAAGCAAUAAACUUUAUGCACUUGCGCCUAAUCACAAGGAAGCGUGAUCACCAAAAAACGGUUGAUUGAUUUAAGGCACCACGAUUUUAAUGACUAUCACUUCGCGGGCUCAAUUUUUGGAGGUAUUCGUGUCUUUUUACGUGAUUUCGUUAACCUUACGAGGUAGACCUAACUAUAAGCCCGGAGACUAGUUAUCAUAAGACGAGUCAAGCUCGAACAAAACGUUUCUAGUCCUUCGGUGGAUGUGUGGAUUGGAAUAACACCGCGACUAAGCGGAUAGGCAGUCGCGUGGAGGAGUUCGGAUGAGUAACAUCUAGUCGUGUCAAACCUAAGUCAAAACGAUGGCCAACCCUGCGGAAUCGCGCUCACCGGUGCUUAGUAAAAUGUGGUCACUGUUUGAUCUGAUUGUGGAAGUGGUGCUGUUUACAGUAGAUGUCAUCAGAGUUUUUGUGCUCGGUCUGCCGACUUUGUUUCAACGGGCCUUUCGUAUGGUGUUUCCUAACGAACUGAAAAAUGUAGCUGGUCAACUAGUGCUGAUUACCGGAGGUGCUGGUGGCCUUGGAAGAGAAAUGGCCCUCAAGCUGGCUGACCGCGGUUGCAACAUCAUCAUAGUGGAUGUAAAUUUGAAAUUGGCGGAGCAAACCUGCGAAGAGUUGAAACGUGAGAAGAACGUUUCCGCUUAUGCGUAUAAAGUGGAUGUUUCUUCCUACGAUGAGGUCCAGUCACUGAUGGAUACUGUCUACAGAAAAAUUGGCCCAAUAGAUAUCCUAAUCAACAAUGCGGGUUUGAUUCAUUUCACAUUCCUACAGGACAGCACAGUGGAAGAUAUCCAUCGAUUGAUCGAUGUCAAUGUGAAAGGAUAUAUUUGGACCACCAAAGUUGUGUUGGAGAAAAUGAUGGAACGUAAACGGGGUCACAUUGUGGCCAUCUCUUCCCUAUCCGGUGUGCACGCUUUUCCGUGGGCUGUCGUCUACUCAACAUCCAAGUUUGCCGUCAAUGGAUUCAUGGCAGCGGUAACCGAACAACUCCGUCUGCAAGGCUAUGGUGAUCAAAUCCAAACGACUUGUGUGUGCCCGUACUACAUUGCCACACGAAAGGACAUCGUCGAGUUUCUGCAGAAACCUCGAUUCAAACUGCUGUCAACGACAUAUACAGCACGCACUGCAGUCGAGGGUAUCUUACGUAAUGAGUCAUUCGUAUCCGUGCCUCCCAUGUUCGAUUUAGGUCUAAAGAUCAUGCAUUUGUUUCCUUUGAAAGUGCAACAAUUGGUCAGAGAUAUAAUCAUGAAGGAAUAUGAACUUCACUCAUCCCUAUGAAAGAAUGAUCUGUCGCAGCAUGUGUACAACACAAGGUUGCAGUGCUAAUAGUUUAAGUGAAAAAAAAAACAACUCCAGUGCAAUUGUUUGUACAUUAAGCUGAUUGGUAAGCUCAAGUAACUGUUCAAAACAAGUGAUUAUGUGAUUGCAUGUGUGAUGUGUAUUUAAAAGCAUGACAUAAUAAAACUAUGAACAACUCCUAAA